GCUGUCUUGUUCGAACACCAAUCCAACGCGUUUCUUUUUUCACUACAAAAAACACUUUCCAUUUUUCGUUGUUUUGAUCUUUCCCUUUCCGAAUCUCAUAUCUUUUGAUGGCUCUGAACCAGAGCUACGAUCUGUUCUUCAUCUUCAUCUUCAACCUCUCACUCCUUUUCAGUCUCUUACCCUUCUCUUUCUCUCAAACCGUCGCCGAUGCCCCAUCACCCGCCGCCGAUACUUGCAAUGGGAUCUUCUUAUCUUACGCUUACACCUCCGGAACCAAGUUAAAACCAACGGAUCCCAAGCACCAGCCGUACAGAUUUGAGUCAGUCUUGACGGUGCUGAAUAACGGCGACGAGAAGCUUAAAUCGUGGAGGGCUUUCGUGGGGUUUAAAAACGACGAGUAUUUGGUUUCAGCGUCGAAUGCGGUUUUGGCUGAUGGGACGAGCUUGCCUACCAAUGUUGGGAACGGUACCAUUUUUGCUGGGUACCCCAUGACUGAUCUGAAAACAGCGAUUGAGACUGCCGGAGAUCUGAAUCAGAUUCAAGUUCAAGUUAAGCUUCUUGGGACUCAGUUUGGAGUGGCGGCUCCUGGUGUUCCCUUGCCUGAAACUAUUCAUCUUGCUAAUGAUGGCUUCCUUUGUCCUAAGCCUUCUUUGCAAGGUAAAAGUGAGAUGCAAGUUUGUUGCACCAAAGACCCGAAAUUCAAGACGAAUGUUACGGUAGAGGAUGAGUUCCUACCUCGGCAAAGUGGUGAUCUUACAAUUAUGUAUGAUGUGACGAGAACGUACGACUCGAACUAUUGGGCACAGGUUACUAUCUCAAACCAUAACCCCCUUGGGCGGCUUGAUAAUUGGAAAUUGAGUUUUGAUUGGAUGAGGGAUGAAUUUAUAUAUACGAUGAAAGGGGCUUAUCCGUAUGUCGUUGAUUCAUCAGACUGCAUAUUUGGUCCGCAAGGACAACACUAUAGGGAUCUAGACUUUGGCAAUGUGUUGAACUGUGAGAGGAGGCCGACGAUUAUUGACCUGCCUCUGACAAAGGCAAACGAUACAACCAUGGGGAUGAUCCCAAAAUGUUGCCGGAAUGGUACUAUUUUGCCACCAACAAUGGACCCUAGCAAGUCAAGUUCAGUAUUCCAAAUGCAGGUCUUUAAAAUGCCACCGGAUCUCAACCGCUCUGAGCUCUCUCCUCCUCAGAAUUGGAAGAUCAAUGGCACGUUGAACCCUAAUUACAAAUGUGGUCCCCCAGUCCGUGUAAGCCCUAGUCAGUUCCCAGACCCAAGUGGCUUGCCGUCGAAUACAACCGUAGUUGCUAGCUGGCAGGUGGUUUGCAAUAUUACACGGCCCAAGAACGCAAGCCCAAAGUGCUGCGUAUCCUUUUCUGCAUACUUCAAUGAAUCAGUUGUCCCAUGCCCGACUUGUGCCUGUGGAUGCCUUCGCAACUCAGCCAACACUUGUAGAGCAAAUGCUACAGCUGUUCUUGUUCCACCUGAGGCACUUCUUGUUCCAUUUGAGAACCGAACUGCUAUAACCAGAGCUUGGGCUGAUCUUAAACACUUUACGGUGCCAAAUCCAAUGCCGUGUGGUGACAAUUGUGGGGUCAGCAUAAACUGGCAUCUUUAUUCAGACUUCUCUCGAGGAUGGAGUGCUAGGAUCACAAUAUUCAACUGGGAUGAAACCGCCUUCCCGGAUUGGUUUGCUGCUGUACAGUUGAAUAAGGCUACCCCCGGGUUUCAAAAGAUGUACUCCUUCAACGGAACAGCCUUGGAGUUGAAUGGCGUUAACAAUACUAUAUUCAUGCAAGGUCUUCCCGGGUUAAACUAUAUUGUUGCAGAAACCGAUGCAGCUAACCCUCAGAAAGAUCCUAGGGUGCCCGGAAAACAACAGACAGUUAUUUCAUUCACCAAGAAAACUACCCCUUCCAUUAACAUUGCUGCAGGUGAUGGAUUCCCCUCUAAAGUGUUCUUCAAUGGCGAGGAGUGUGCACUGCCUUCAAUGCUGCCAACAAACAGCGGUAAUCGAAAGGGCUCAACGACUGUAAUCUCGAUCUUGAUAGCAGUUCUUGUGUUCAUGCUGGUUCAACAAUAGCUACAAAUGUGCCAUUAGUUGUGGUUGUGUUGGUCUUUUCUGCAGGUUCUUCUCUUUUGUUCAUGUUGCAUGAAUAGCUUGGAUGACAUGGAUUUUACAAUAUAGGGCAAUGGGGGAAAUCCCCCCACUGAUUUUGUUUUUUUUGGGUAUUCUGUAAUUAUUUAUUUAUUGAUCCAAAUGAAUUUAUUUUUUUCA